UCACUUAACGGUCUUUUCAUUAUUCAUAAAAAGAUCGUUAAGUCACUUAACGGUCUUUUCAUGAUUCAUGAAAAGAUCGUUAAGUCACUUAACGGUCUUUUCAUGAAUCAUAAAAAGAUCGUUAAGUCACUUAGCGGUCUUUUCAUGAUUCAUGAAAAGAUCGUUAAGUCACUUAACGGUCUUUUCAUGAAUUAUGAAAAGGUCAUUAA